CAGCCGUUGACGUGGCCGUGGCGUCUAUCGGCAGUUGAAUUCGAACGGUGUUAGUGAUCGGACAAAACUAGGUUAAAGGCUAUUACGUGCUAAAGGUUAUACACUUGUAUAUCAGACAGCUUCAGUUGGAAUUAUUGAUGGCCGCACCAACAGUUAAAGUACUGCCAGUUCAAUGCGACCCAUACAGCCAAAGAACAUAAACAUCUGAGUUAUUGAUGCUAGUGCUACGUGAUAUGAUCCCGGCUCUGUGAUAAUGACUUUGACCAGUAGUGCCUUCGUAUACCUCGAUGCGCCAUGCGAUGCCUAACGUAAAGUAGAAUGCAGCAUACAGUUUAUACAGUUUCCAGCAAAGGACGCAAAAAUAAAGCUAUAAUUUUACCCCUUCUUGAGUCGCUGUUUAUUCAAUCUAGAAAUCAGCACGCGAAUGCAACACGGAAUACUUGGUGCAUCACGAGAGCUUGUACAUAGUACUGCCACCAGCAGCAUUAGCAAGUAUAGUAUGAAAACCGGAAGUGAUAAUCAGUCACCCGAGGUAGGUGCAAACAGCGGAAACGGAACAAAGACCGGUAACCGAGAUGUGGUGGCUCGCUGGCGAGUACCCAUGCACGGUAAGAUCUAUGAAGUGGAAUUCGAGCAUGGUUCCACCAGCGGGAAGCGGGUGUUGUGGAUUGACAAGAAGGAAAUUUUUCGUCGGGAUUGGAUGUUUAAGCUCGUCGGAGAAGAUAUGUUCAAACUCGAGGAUAAACGCUGUAUUAUCAGGGUGGAUCCUUUACCAGGCUUUAAGUACAACUAUUCCUUGUAUGUGGAUGGCAAAUCGUACGAACAGUUCUCGGAAUCUCAAGCCAAAGCGCUAAAAACUUGGGAAAUCAAUAUGGGAAACAAUUUCUAUCGGAUAGUAUUGGCAAACCCAAUUUCAGAAAAGAACACAUUGAAUAUUUACGUUAACGGAAAAUUGAUAGAGGAAAGCGGUGAGUUUGUAGAUGGCGGCACCGAUACCACCUUUCUCGAGGACGGCAACACUUUCGUGCUGAGUGCACGGACCAGCGGCAACAAGCGGGAAGGGAUUGUGCACGGGCUAACGAUAAACGGUGUAGCGGUACAGGAUGCCUCCGCUGGCGGAACACCAGAUGUUUGAAUGAGAUAUGAACAAGACAGAUGGCAUUACACAGGUAACAUGUUACCUACCCAUAUAUUUACCAUGUAACAAUUCAAACGAUAAAUAAAACGUGCAGAGCAAUAAUAAAGUUGGAAUUUACCCACUGAGAAAGUGGUUACAAUUUGA